GAUUCGUUAUUAUUUCUUCUGAAACUCAUAUCAUGUCAUACACCAGUGGUGAGAAUAAUGGAAAAUGGAAUGCCUUGAAGCAUGAGACUCUAGAGUUUUAGAGUUUAGAGGAGUGCAUAGAAAAAAUGGUGUCACAAGCUCCGAUCUUCUCAGAAUUUGAACAAAUCGUUAGAAAUAAGCUAACAAUAAUAAAGAAAGAGUGGAAUAUAUUCUUAGCGUGGUGGAUACUUUCCUUGAAUCUACAACUUCCACCCGUGAUUCCUGAGAAAACCAAUAGCAUUAGAAAAGUAUCUCUCUUUUAAAAUUAAAUGCGAAAAUUUAAACGCUUCGUUAAUUAAGCUCGUCGUUUCUUGUUUGUAUGAAUGGUUGAAGAGCAAUCGACGAAGAUAAGGAAGAAGAAGAAGACAACGCUGCUAUCACUGUCACUGUUAAAACCUACUCUUCUCUAAUUUUACUGUUAUUGGAAGAAGCAUGAGUUAUGGAAAGGACGACAUAGAAGCUCCUCGGAGCUCCGGUGACAUCGACGACGGAGGCUCCUCCUCCAGUCCCUUUGAUAUUGCCAGAACAAAAGAUGCUUCCGUUCAACGACUCAAGCGUUGGAGGCAAGCAGCGCUUGUGCUUAACGCUUCUCGCCGAUUUCGCUACACCUUGGACUUGAAGAAAGAAGAAGAAAAGGAGCAAGUGCUGAGAAAGAUUAGAGGGCAUGUUCAAGUCAUCAGAGCAGCGUAUCUUUUCAAGGAGUCUGCAAAAAAAUUGAAAAGUGAAUUAGGAAUUGCCCCACAUCCUACAAGCACCACUGGAGAAUUUCAAAUUGGGCUAGAGUUACUUUCUUCAAUUGCAAGGGAUCAUAAUACUGCUACUCUGCAAGAAAAAGGAGGGGUUGAAGGGAUAGCAAGUUUGUUGGAGACCAAUUUAGAAAAGGGGAUUCAAGGUGAUGACGCUGACUUGUCAAGACGGACAAAGGCUUUUGGCUCGAACAACUAUCCUCGAAAGAAAGGAAGAAGUUUCUUGAUGUUUGUUUGGGAUGCUUGCAAGGAUCUGACCUUGAUUAUUUUAAUGGUAGCUGCUGCAGCUUCAUUAGUACUGGGGAUAAAAUCUGAGGGUAUUAAGGAAGGAUGGUAUGAUGGUGGAAGCAUUGCUUUUGCAGUUAUUCUUGUUAUUGUUGUUACAGCUAUAAGUGAUUAUAAGCAGUCUCUUCAGUUUCGGGACCUAAAUGAGGAGAAGAGAAACAUUCGUUUGGAGGUAAUUAGAGGAGGUAGAAGAGUUGAGAUCUCAAUCUAUGACAUUGUUGUUGGUGAUGUCAUACCCCUUAAUAUUGGUGACCAGGUCCCUGCUGAUGGAAUUUUGAUCAUCGGUCACUCUCUUGCAGUUGAUGAAUCUAGUAUGACUGGGGAGAGCAAUAUUGUUGAAAAGAAUUCUAAGAACCCUAUUCUGAUAUCUGGUUGUAAAGUUGCAGAUGGCAGUGGUGUUAUGCUCGUAACGGCUGUUGGUAUUAAUACCGAAUGGGGGCUUCUAAUGGCUAACAUUUCAGAAGACAAUGGUGAAGAAACACCUUUGCAGGUACGCUUGAAUGGUCUUGCCACCUUCAUUGGUAUAAUUGGGCUCUCUGUGGCCGUCAUCGUUCUGGUUGUGCUACUGGCCAGGUAUUUCUCUGGGCAUUCUAGAAACCCAGAUGGAAGUGUUCAAUUUACAGCUGGCAAGACUAAACUCAGUACUGCAAUUGAUGGAGCAAUAAAGAUAGUCACUGUUGCGGUCACUAUUGUAGUGGUUGCAGUACCUGAAGGACUCCCUUUAGCAGUUACCUUAACACUUGCCUACUCUAUGAGAAAAAUGAUGGCAGAUAAAGCUUUGGUACGUAGGCUUUCUGCCUGUGAGACUAUGGGCUCAGCCACAACUAUUUGCAGUGAUAAGACUGGAACAUUGACUAUGAAUCAGAUGACUGUGGUUGAGGCUAUCAUUGGUGGGGAGAACAUUGAUCCUCCUCACGAGAAGUCAAAGCUCAAACCUAUACUCUGCUCGUUGCUGAUUGAAGGAGUUGCACAGAACACCAAUGGCAGUGUUUUUGUACCUGAGGGUAGUAACAAUGUUGAGGUUUCUGGAUCACCAACGGAGAAGGCAAUUUUACAUUGGGCUGUUCAGCUUGGGAUGAAUUUUAAAGCCGCUAGAGCAGAAUCAUCAAUUAUUCAUGUCUUCCCAUUCAAUUCAGAUAAAAAACGAGGCGGGGUUGCAGUACAGACGACUGAAUCUGAAAUCCAUAUACAUUGGAAAGGGGCUGCUGAGAUAGUCCUAGGAUGCUGUACACAGUAUAUGGAUGUAAAUGAUCACUUAAUAGAGAUGGAUGAAGGAAAGAUGAACUAUUUUAGAAGAGCUAUUGAAGAUAUGGCUUCUCGUAGUCUACGGUGUGUUGCCAUUGCAUAUAGAUUAUAUGAAAUGGAGAAAGUUCCAACUAGUGAAGACCUUGCUCACUGGUCAUUACCUGAGGAUAAUCUCAUCUUAUUGGCUAUUGUUGGUCUGAAGGAUCCUUGUCGACCUGGUGUGAAAGAUGCGGUGAAGCUUUGCCAGAAAGCUGGAGUUAAGGUAAAAAUGGUCACCGGUGACAAUGUCAAAACUGCAACAGCAAUUGCCGUGGAAUGUGGAAUACUUAAUUCAUAUUCCGAAGCUACAGAGCCAUAUGUCAUCAUUGAAGGAAAAGACUUCCGUGCGAUGCAAGAUGAAGAGAGAUUAAAGAUUGUUGAAAAGAUAUCAGUUAUGGGACGAUCGUCUCCGAAUGACAAGCUUUUGCUCGUACAAGCACUGAGGAGGAAGGAGCAUGUUGUUGCUGUAACUGGAGACGGAACUAAUGAUGCUCCUGCCUUACAUGAGGCUGAUAUAGGUCUUGCAAUGGGGAUUCAAGGUACAGAAGUUGCGAAAGAGAGCUCUGAUAUCAUUAUAUUGGAUGACAAUUUUGCUUCAGUUGUAAAGGUUGUCAGGUGGGGGAGGUCUGUGUAUGCAAAUAUUCAGAAAUUUAUCCAGUUUCAGCUUACAGUGAAUAUAGCAGCUCUUGUUAUAAAUGUUAUUGCUGCAUUUUCUUCCGGUGACGUACCACUAAAUACAGUACAGCUUCUAUGGGUAAAUCUUAUCAUGGAUACACUUGGAGCUCUAGCCUUGGCAACUGAACCACCAACUGAUCAUCUAAUGGAUCGUAAUCCAAUGAGUCGAAGAGAACCUCUUAUAUCAAAUAUUAUGUGGAGGAAUCUGCUGAUACAGGCAAUUUACCAAGUGUCUGUCCUACUUAUACUCAAUUUCCGAGGCAUUUCCAUACUGAAUUUGGCACACAAGUCCAGUGACCACGCACUCAAAGUGAAGGACACUUUGAUAUUCAAUGCCUUUGUUCUCUGUCAAGUUUUUAAUGAAUUUAAUGCCCGCAAGCCGGAUGAGUUCAAUAUAUUCAAGGGAGUGACAAGAAAUUACCUCUUUAUGGGGAUAGUGGCAUUGACUGUAGUACUUCAGAUUAUCAUCAUUGAAUUUCUAGAAAAGUUCGUUAAAACAGUCAAGCUAACUUGGCAACAGUGGCUCAUUUGUGUCAUCAUUGGAUUUAUCAGCUGGCCUCUUGCUGUGGUUGGAAAACUGAUACCAGUACCAGAAAAGCCAGAAAAGCAGCUCAGUAACUCUUUUAGGGAGUGUGCUGACCGUGUUCGAAGGUGUUUUUGUUGUGAUGCUUCUGAAGAGAAUCAUGUAUAGGUGUCUAGCUGGUUUUCUAUCGUGUGUGCAAUUUCUUUUAUUUUGACUUGAUAGCUUACAUUCUCCUGGUAAUGGUAAAUGGUAUACUGUUGUACAAAUGGUUUUAACAUGUAUAUGGUCUUUUUUCUUUUUUUUUUCCCUAUUU